UUGAUGUUCUUGUCCAAACCCGGCCAUUCCAUCCUCACCACCAAUCCUAAUCCAGUCCUCUCUGCCACCAGAUUUCGAAGCCUUCUUUCUCUCUUCCAUUUUCACACACUUCAGCUCUCCACUUCCCUUCCAUCGAUCUUUCUUUGUUUCAUCCACAAAGUAAAUCAAAUGACCACUUCCUCUUCUUCGCUUGUGGCUCUGCAUCUCACAUCCGCUCCUCGUCUUCUUUCCGCCUUUUCUCCCUCAAUUCGUUCCCGAAGGCCUCCCUCUGCGUUUCGUCUCAGAACUCGUGCUAUGGGCGCCGAUUUUCUCGGCGAUUUUGGCGCCAGAGACCCCUUCCCUGCUGAAUUGGAAAGCAAUUUUGGAGAGAAGGUAGUGGGUUACUCUGACACCGAGCACAAAAUCCUUAUCCCCAAUCUCUCUGCUCUUUCCCUUGCACAGCAACAGUGCUCUCCUGUUUCGCCCCUGCAGUCUCCCAUGUCUGAAGAUGAUGCCAAAAAACUGUUGAAGAAGAUUGUUGGUUGGAGACUACUGCAUGAAGAAGGUGCACUUAAACUUCAAUGCUUGUGGAAAGUGAGAGAUUUUAACCGGGUUGAGCUCAUCAACAGGAUCCUUAAGGUUACAGAGGCUUCAGGCCAUUUCCCAAAUCUCCAUUUCGAACAACCAAAUCAAGUGAGGGCAGAAUUAUGGACAGCUUCCAUUGGAGGAUUGAGUAUGAAUGACUUCAUAGUCGCGGCGAAGAUAGAUGAGAUCAAGACAUCAGAUCUGGCCCCAAAGAAAAGGGUUUGGGCUUAAUGGAUCUUGACCCCAUUAGCCACUGUACAAGUAGAACGUCCUUUUCACAAAAUCACCCAUUGUCUGGAAUCAUAAAGAAAUAUAGAGAACUUGCUGA